GGCCGUCAACGUAACUCGCUUGUCAACGUCACCAUUUUUACCAUAUUGACCACCACCACCACCACCGCAAUACCUAGUCAGUACCAAGCAGUAGAAGCACGUAUUCAGACCGCCUGCUCAGCGAUCAGAUGUGCUGAAAAGCCUAAUUUCGCGGCGUUAGCACGCGAAUUUGACGUUUCCCCCUCCCGCCUCCGGGCAGGCUAUAAAGGCCGCCCAUCGCGCAGCACGCGGCAUAUGGCAUAUAAGCGCCUAGACGACGAACAAGAAGCUUCAUUAGUAGGCUGGAUCACACGUCUAGAUGACCUAGCAGUACCACCUACAACAAGCAUGGUUGUGACCCCGCCGCAACUUGGAAAGGACUGGGUGUACGAUUUUGUCCACAAUCGCCUUCCGAAAGACCUUAGUUGGGUCCAUAAGAACCCUGCAGACCAAAAUCGUAUUACUGCACAGGAUAUUGGUGUUUUUACCGCUUGGUAUGAGCGUUUAGAGCCUCUUUUGAAGACAAUCCCCCCCCAAGCAUACCAAGGACGCCCACAAAACGUCAUUUCGCGCAAUAGACACCGAACCUAUACAUAUUCAUUUGAAAGAUGUCAAUUAUUGACAGGAAUUGAAUGUAUUGCCGCUGAUGGGUGGAAAAUAGAACCCUAUUUUGUCGCACCGGGGUCAGUUCAUCUGAUGCGCUGGUAUGAAGGUGGCACUCUUUCAGAGGCUACCAGAAUAACUGUUUCGGACACUGGCUAUUCAAAUGAUUUGAUGGCACUCGACUGGCUUGAACAUUUCCAUCAUAAUACUAAGGAUCGCCUAUCAAAGAAGCGGAAGCAAUACCUGCUUUUGAUUAUGGAUGGUCAUGACAGCCACCUGACCUACGAAUUUCUUGAGCGCUAUGACUCUUACAAUAUUAUUCCAUAG